GGAGUUUGAGACGGGUGAUGGCGAGCGGGGAAAAUGUCGCUGGGAGGAAGGCGGGGGGGACGGGGGCAUCUCUGGCUCAGGAGCUCAGGCGCUGGGCGGCUGAAGAGAUGAAGCUUCCUCCGGGCAAAGUUCCGUCCGAGAGAGACGCACGCAGAAUGUGCUCAGGUCAGUGUGCUGACAUCUGGAAAUAUAUCAUCCGCCAUGUUCAUCAUCAGAGGACUGUCAAGAAGAUCCGUGGGAAUGUACUGUGGUAUCAGCAGAUGGAAAAAAGUGAGGGCAAUCCCAGUGCCUCUGAAUCGGAUAAAGAACGUCGCAAGCAUCUAAUCCAGGCCAUCUCUCGCUUGAAGGAGGAAGAUCAGCAGUUGGACCUCCAGAUAGGAUUGGCCCAGCGCGAGUUCGUAGCCGGUGAGGCCAUCCCAGAAACAACUCAGAUCUGGGAUGCCAAACGGCGCCGUUUGCUCCUGAAGGCCUACUCCGCCCGGAUCACAGCAGAACGGCAACAACUGCACAAGAAAGCUGCCCAGGUCAAGGGACAUUUGGAGCAUUUGAAAGAGAUGGAGAAGAAAGGCAAGAUGGUCGUGGUUUUUGGUGGCAGACACCCAGAGCCUCAGUUCCCCACCUCGAAGCCUGAAGUCCUGCGGGAUGUCCAGGAAAGCUGCCAGCUGCGUUUCCAGUUCCUGAAGACUCUCUUUGAAAACAGCAUCUCUGGGAGUUCUCCAGGGACGAACGAGGAAGAGAUGAAUAAUACUUACCAACAUUGGUUGAGCACCGUGGAGAAAGUUGUCGGUACCUAUCCUCCUGCCCAUAUCCUUUUAGCUCUGGAGCACUUGGCCUGUCAGAACACAGUGAAGCUGCAGGAAUUGACGGACAAGAUCAACAUCUCCCAAGAUGUGGCUGCCCUCAAGUUCCGUUAUGACAGCACACACCUGCAGGAUGUUUCGGAUUCUGCAGACAAGCUACCUUCUGUCCGGGUUCUUAUACAGGAGGGCUGGAGCAAAUGUGAGGUGCUGUGUGUGCAACAGAUUCCUCUACAUGCUGAGGAGAAAGGCCUGCUGGCACGUCUUGAGGCCCUGGUUAAGGAGAUGCACAGUCUCCUGUCUGAUGGAUCGGAGCGCUCCAUCCUGGCCAGAACGGUGUUUGAGCUAGAGCUCCGGGCAGUGAGGUUGCGAGGAUACAGGGACGGUCUGCUGCGUGGAUGCCAGGGACUUGAAGAAGCCAUGAAGGUCCGGUACGCAGAGCUUCAGAACUUGCAGGCGAAACGUCAGCGCAUCUUGGACUUCCGCCAUUUGGUGAACGAGAAACAGCAACAUAUUCGGGCCCUUAUCAAAGGCACUUCGUUUCUCAAAUCCCAGCUUCGCAAGAACCAGGUUGAGAUCCAGGAUUUCAUACAGAAAAAGCUGCUCCCUCAGGCACAGCAGGUGCAGCUGGAGACCCAGAAGCUUCACAAUAGGGUAGACCGUGAGGUCCAGCAUUUCAAAACCAUUUCCCUGCCUUCUCUGCUGACCUGUCAGGUCGCUGGGUCUCAACCCAUCCCAGCCCACAAACUUUCCAUCCAUCACUUAAGCUGGACAGCAUCCUCUGAAAACCAGGCCUUUCUCAAUGUAUGCAAAGGAAUUAACUUUCCCCUUUAUAAGGCUCCUGAACAGCUUCUUCUCCAUCUGGUGGAGCUGAAGAAGGAGCUUGCUUACCUGCGUGCCCAGCUGAGCUCCAAGCAAAGAGCUUUGAGAAGUUUGCAGCACCAGCUGGAGGCUACCUCAGAGCCCGAUGUGCCAUCCUUGGUGGAAGAGGUGCGGUCCCAUGACCAGAAACAAGUCUUGUUGCUGCUGCCCUGUAUCCAACGCACGCUGGAUCAGUGCCAGCGUUUCAUCAAGCGCCGGCCUGAGAUCCAAGCCGUUAUCGAUGACUGGUGGGAGCAGCCAGGACAGUUUGUUCUUCCUCACAAGCGCCGCCAUGGCUUCACUUUGCAACAGUGGCUGGAGCGUUGGAACUUGGCUGCCAAAAACCUGCAGCAACAGCAGAUGGGGUUUUGAGGAACUUCUUGGUAUCCGUCUGAGAAGCUGCAGUGCUUCCAUCCAUCUGCUGAACGAUGGCUCUUAAUUUCACGAAAGGAGGUAAAAGCAGUUUUCUGCACUCACCUCACCUCCCUCCCUCUCAAGGGUGGCUGGGGGGGGAGAGGAAGUAACGUUGACGGUACAUCUCAACAAGUAGCACCCGUGUAUUUUC